UAGUAAUUAUCUCGCUUCAACGUGAUGAUUUUCAGGUGUCAGAGCAAAAUCUCAGCUUUUUGUUUCAGUAUCCAAAAAUUUCGACUUUAAUUUCUUCUCGUUUCAGUUUCCGACAGGUGCUGUAAAAGCUUGUAGGAUUUCUAAAUGGUUUAAUCUGUAGGUUCUUGCGUUUUAUGAUAAUUUAAGGGGUUUAUGGUAUAAAGGGUUAUCGAAUUGUUAUACAUGAUGUCCGGAUCUGAGCCGGGAAUCAUGUCGGCUAGAGAAUCUUUCGGCGUCGGUCUCCAGAAAAGUCCUGCACCUUCUCAACCUUCGGGGAUAGCCAACAUGCGAUUAGCGUUCAGUUCCGAUGGUACUGCAGUCUACAAACCUCUCAAUACCUCUCCAACAAUUUUUCAACCAAGCAGUGGAGCUGCUGCUACUGGUAGUGCUGGUGGUGGUGGCGGUGAUGGUACAACCGGCGCAAUUGUUCAGCACGGUCUUAAUAUGAACAUGGGCGAGCCGAUGAAGCGGAAGCGAGGGAGGCCCCGGAAAUAUGGUCCUGGCGGCACCAUGGCACUUGCAUUGACGCCUACGACGCCUGCUGUCCCCUCCGGUGGGUUCUCUUCUCCUUCUACAGCCACCACCACUGGUACCGCUGCUGCCUCCUCGCCGUCCUCAAUGAAGAAGGCAAGGGGUCGCCCACCAGGCUCUAGCAAGAAGCAGCAGAUGAGUGCACUUGGAUCGGCAGGGAUUGGAUUUACACCACAUGUUAUCACAGUAAAGGCUGGAGAGGAUGUGUCGUCAAAAAUAAUGUCAUUCUCCCACCAUGGUCCACGGGCUGUUUGCAUUCUUUCAGCAAAUGGUGCUAUAUCAAAUGUAACACUUCGUCAAGCAGCAACAUCUGGUGGAACUGUGACUUACGAGGGACGAUUUGAAAUCCUGUCCCUUUCUGGUUCCUUCCUGCUCUCAGAGAGUGGUGGUCAACGCAGUAGAACUGGUGGAUUGAGCGUGUCCCUAGCAGGUCCAGACGGUCGUGUUUUAGGUGGUGGUGUGGCUGGACUUCUAACAGCAGCAUCUCCUGUUCAGGUGGUUGUAGGUAGUUUUAUUGCAGAUGGCCGUAAAGAAUCAAAAUCGACGAACCAAUCAGAACCUUCUUCUGCACCACCAAAGCUUACUCCUGGUGGUGGGGCUGCAGGAGCAGGUAGCCCACAGUCACGGGGGACCUUGAGUGAAUCCUCAGGUGGUCCUGGAAGCCCUCUCAACCAAAGUACAGGCGCAUGCAAUAACAGCCACCCGCAAGGCAUGGCUAACAUGCCAUGGAAGUAGAACAAUAGAAUCUCACAGCAAUGGGCUUAUCCCGGUGUAGUAGGCAUUGGCUCCCAUGGUUUUUAUCUAAUCCCUAGUCUAAGAGACCCAUUUGUAAUCUAUAUCAGCCUUGUUCCCAUCUUCUGUAAUUUAGGUGCGCUGAGGAAGGAUUGCUGGUGACUUUCCAGGCUCAACCCAGCUGAUCCGGAAGCACAUGACAGGUAGUGAAUCACUGUGCUUCCCC